AUGAAAAGGGUACAGAGGCCCAUGGCCCAGUGCCGUCAUUGGGCUAGGGGCUUUUCUAGGUAUUCCGAUAAGCAACCUAUUAAGGAAAAGAAAAAGAGUCAAUCCAUUUUAAACACUAUGCGGGGCAUCCCCUUACGCAAUAUGCUGCCCAAAUGGAACGGCAUAACGAUGGAACAUGUUCGCAUUAGAGAGAAGGAAAUGGGGAAAAUAAUAAAAAAGACAUUUGAAGAAUUGCGUUUCAAAUGUGAAGAGGUAAGGGUGAAGUGUCAGGACAUGUUGUCAUCCACGUGGAGAGACAAAAGAACCCAAAGUAGAAAAAAAGUUGCUGCACGAGACUUCCUCCAGCGGGUGUUCAUGAAAAACAUAGCAUUUGAUACACGACACGUAAAAGCGCUUCUACAUAAAAUUUCAUUUGAAGGAAAAGUUUUUUUUCAACACGUAAAACACCUCAGUCGGGAUGGAAACAUACAAUAUUAUAAGAAUUUAAUUCAUUACCAUUAUAGUAGAGCACCUGUGACAUAUACGUUGAUAUCCCUGCACCUUUUCGUUUUCCUUUUGUGGAAGAAAGCAAAGCCUGGGGAUACAUACAACUAUAUUGCCAUACCCAGAGGCUUUUACAAUUUCAGUUCAAAUGUGUAUGCUCCCCCGGGGGUUAAGAAUGCGGCGUCUAAUCAUUCCUUCCCCUUUGGUCUAUUCAAUUUUCUAACCCUUGAAUUUAUGUAUAACCAUUUUUGUUGCGGAGCCCAACAGCUGAGGGAGAAGAAACUCUACACACUCGUAACCAACCUCAUCAGCCAUAACACUGUGCAGUCCCUUCUCCUCAAUACCAUUUCUCUCUUUUACAUUGGGAGGUCAUUCGAAAUGAUUAUUAAUUCGAGGAAUUUUUUUUUAACUUAUUUUAUUAGUGGGAUCAUAUCGUCCUAUAUACAGAUUUGCUACCACAAGAGUGACCGUUCUGCCUCUCCCUAUGGAAAUGUUUGUGUCUUGGGGGCCAGCGGUAGCAUCAGCUCCAUUCUCACAACGUACACUCUCAUGUUUCCUAGCAGCAGCAUUUACCUCUACGGGGUCCUGGCGCUUCCCCUGGCCCUGUUCACCUCCCUCUAUUGCGCAAACGAGGUCUACUGCGUGUUGACAGACAAGAAGGACAACACAGGCCACGUGGCACACCUCACAGGGAUGUUCAUGGGAUUCCUCUACUACUACUUCUACGUCAAGGGGAGAGUGGCCAUGUAA